AGCGAGACGGAAGAGUUGUAUGAAUCACAAUAUACGCUGUACAUAUACCGAUGACACUGGAGAAACCAGCGCCCAUAUAGUUGGUUGGCAAGAAACGAUCGGCUGCAUUUUAAACGUACUCAAAAAACUACAUCAGAGGUCGUUCACGUGAAAAAGGAAAUCAGAACUAAACAACAGUUGCUGUUAAACGAUGGCUUCAUACACGGAGGAUCAAUUGGCCGAAUUUCAGGAGGCAUUUCAACUAUUUGACAGCAGAGGAGAUGGAAAAAUCCAUGUUGCCCAAAUUGGGGAUGCUCUCCGUGCCUUGGGUCAAAACCCAACUGAAUCAGAUGUUAAAAAGUUCACGAACCAACACAAGCCUGAUGAGAGAAUCAGUUUUGAAGUAUUCUUGCCAAUAUACCAGGCCAUAAGCAAAGCACGUACGUCAGACACUGCUGAUGACUUUAUUGAAGGAUUGCGACACUUUGACAAAGAUGGCAAUGGUUUUAUUUCAUCAGCAGAACUGAGACAUUUACUAACUACACUUGGUGAAAAACUGAGUGAUGAAGAAGUCGAAACACUUCUAACUGGGCAUGAAGAUUCACAGGGUAACAUAAAUUAUGAAGAUUUUGUUCGUCAAGUUAUGUGCGGUUGAAAAAUCACUUGCAAUCGAAUUGAUCCCUAUCUCAAUUUUGGUAUUAUUUUGGAAAAUUUAUGCAUUUUAACUUCCAUAGUUUUACAGCUAGUAAACAAGCACAGCAGUUUUUCAUAAAAUAAUUAUAAUCCAAUGCUUCUUCAAUUAAUGAACAAGUAAAUUAGAAUUUUAUAUUUUUAGAAUUAGAAAUUAGGUCUACUUAAUCAUAAAAAAACAUAGAUCCGCUGUGCCUUAAUGUUGUUAAGUUACUUGAAUUUAAUUAGUGUGAUAUUGAGCAAUCUGAUUAGAACAUUAAAAGUAAAUUAUUAAAUAAUUUGAUGUUUUUGACAAUUGAUACAAUCGUCUACAAAGCAAGAAAACAGAGAUAAGAAAAAGAUAACUUGUCGGUAAUUUAUUUAGGACAAUUAUAUAAUAAAUUAAUUGUCCAAUGAAGCGCACAAUCACGAACGAUUUUUCUACAAUCGAUUUUUUGCUGAGUUGUGAGCUCAUGUCAAACUAAUUAAAGGAUUUGACAAAACAUGUUUCAUUAUAUUUCAUCCUGUAGAUUUGAUUUUCCUUAACAUUCCGAAAAUUGAAGUUUAUUUACAAUGAAUUUGUCAAAUGAUUAUGUGCAUUUACUAUACCCAACUAUUGUACUUAUUGCCAAUAGGAAUUCAUUGGAAAGCAUAAUACAGCCCUUUUUUGCCAAAACGAACUGUGAAAUUACUUGGUAUAUCUUUUGUAAAUUGUCUUUUCUAAUGUGUAUACAUACGAGCUUUCAAACAUACUUUUCGCCUGAAAUCUAGUAUUAAAAAAUACAUUAAAUUUUUACCACUUGAAAAAUGGAAAUUUUAAACAACCCUUUUAUACUUCCUUACAAU